AGACCGGGACUUAACCGUCGAUUAACUUAAGUGGAAUUGACGAAGUCCGUCUGACGUGCGGGUGAAAACAGGUAGCGGCGCGAGUAAGUGUCCACAACGGCGAGCAUGGAUUCGAAUUGUCAAAAUUCCACGUUGAACGCCAAACAUCUGCUUGGUCAGUUGAACACAGCAAGACGGGAGAUUAAUAAUCUCAGGCAACAGAUGAAGAGUCUGAGGUAUAUACUCAAUAAGGAUGUCGACAACAUCAAACGUCUGUUGGAAUUACAAAAACAUGGGGGGGAAGCACUGACACAGACUAAACUGAUAUCAUCAGAGGAAGCCAAGCCUGGCACGAGCAAGGACCAAGAGAUUUUCAAGUUGAAGCCCAUCGGCGUGAUCUCCACCUGGUUCCCCAACAAGAGAGCGACCCCGCGGCAGCCUGGAAUCUGCGGGAAGGUACCAGGAAAGCUGACGCUCUACAAUUCUAUAUUCACAAAUCCGGAUCACGCCUUGCAGGGCCUGCAGGAUUUCUCUCACAUGUGGAUCCUCUUCUACUUCCACAGAAACGACUCGACGCACACCCGCGCGAAAGUGGCGCCGCCGAGGCUGAACGGAGUGAGAACCGGCGUGUUCUCCACGCGUUCUCCCCACCGUCCCUGCCCGAUCGGCCUAAGCCUGGUGAAGAUCCUCAAGAUCGAAGGUCACACGAUCUACUUCGAGGGUGUCGACAUGGUGAAUCAAACGCCGGUCCUGGACAUAAAGCCCUACAUACCUCAAUACGACAGCCCGUUGCACAUCGAGAAGUUGAAUAACGGGCUAAGGGAAAACGACGUGAGUGUCUCGGACGUGCCUCGCGGUAUGGACGAGGUGCUCGAUCUGAGGGAGAACCAGUCAGUCGACUCCUCCGAUAUGGUGGACGCCAACAACGUCGAGCUCGUCGAUAUCUCCAGAGACGAGGAGAUAGCCUUGAGGCUUCAGGUGGAGGAAUACGAGGUCUACCCCACCCUCGGCGGCUACGACACCAGCACGAGGCAGUCUUCCCAACUGGCGGAGAACGCUUCGUUAGAAAAUAACGUCGACGAGGAUGUUCUUCACAGAGAAGCGUAUCACGCUCAGAACAGGUCACUGAACGUCGUGAGGACGGACUCGACCACGUCCGUCGUCGAUUACGGCGCGACGGCCGAGGCGCACACGGACUACACGAUUCGAGAUCUGAACGACAGACUGCAGGACGUGGACGUGGUGAGCGGUUCCGGCAACACGGAGUCGACGUACGCGCAGACGGAUCACGAGAACGACGAGAUCGGCUACACGGGGGGGAAUCAUCAGAUCUCCCGCAGCUCGAGGCUGCUGGACGGGGCGGACGGGCCGAGCACGGUCUGCGGCACCGACGUGGAUCUGGUGAAUCGUCACCAGGUGCUGCAUGCGAGGGUCGACAACUCGCCCGUGAGGAUGGGGAUACGCGAGGCGCCCGACGGGGAAGAGGGUCUCGAGUCUCAGACUCUGACGCCCUCGCAAACCCUGCCGAACAUCCACGCGACGGCGACGACGGCGGCGGCGGCUUUACUGGCCGGGCAGAACGUGAUGACGGAGGGCAAUUUCUCGGAGAUCCGAGUGCCGGACUGGAUAUCGCAGCCACGCACGGCGAUGCUGUCGGUGAUCUUCAACGAGCGCGCCCUGACGCAACUCAGCGAGAUCCUGGACGACAAGGUCGACGAACAGAAGCGGGCGAUCGAGAACGUGCUCAGGGAAGACCCGAGGUCGGUGUAUCUGCGACAGAGAUGGGGCAGCCAGUUCUACACCUUCCUGAUACACGACCUGCAUAUCACGUGCAGAUUCGACGACACCCGGGGCGUCGUCACCGUUUUCCAAGUCCGUCACGCCGGCCGCACUUGCGACUGCGGUGAGCCCGAAUGGCAGUGCUUAGGCCACUCCUCGAUAUCCUAAUAUAUGUAUAACGUAUCAACGAAUUUCCGUGCGGGUGGAAUGUAAGCGUAUUCGAAAGCGUAGUCUUGCAAUGGACGGUAGAAGUGUGGUUCAUAGGAAGCAAGAAUGAGAAAUCGACCAAUCGUAUUCGAAUGCAAGGGAAAUAAUGAACUGUGAUUGGUCAGUUUCUUACUUCUUAUAAACGUACUCCUACUGCUCAUUGUAGGCCACGAUUUACUUCUUAUAAACAUAUUCCUACUGCCCAUUGUUGGUAGGCCACGUUGCAAAUAUGGAGGAAAGAAUCUGUUAUAGGUUUAGUAUGCAAGAUGGGGUAGCUAUAAUUACGCCGUAGGUAUCAUCUUCCACAUGAUCUUAGUCCCCUCUGAAAUAUAUAUCUCUCUCUCUC